GUAGUGGUGGCGGUGGACGUCUGGAGUAUCGACUAGAGAACGCGCGGGGCUAAUAUUAGAAUUUUGACUAGAGAUAUCUCUGCCGUUCAUCUCCUGCCACGGACCCUAAUUUUGGGUCCGCUUUCGCGGAACAUCUUCCUUUCUUCUCUCUGAAACAAAUUUUACGAGAACAUCCUCGUGUUGUGUACUCGAAUGCACGACCUCAAAAAUAUGUCAGAGCGAUAGGUGUAUUCCGAUCGAUUAGAAAAGAAACUUGAUUUGACGUUUGUCAUGUUGUAUAGUUUAUAUAUUUUAUCAAUCGCUCUCUUUUACUUGUGUUCUUUGUAUCGUUUUAUUUAGAUUUUAGAUCGUUAUUGCUCAUCUUUCUUUUUUAUCAUUUUUUUCGUUCUCGUUAAUGAUCGCUCUUUUAAUAGAGCAUGCUUUUCUAUUAAUUGAUUUUAUUACGCAGAUCGCACAAUUUGUAUAUUUAUCUGUUCAUGAUUUUAGAUUAUGUAAUUACCUUUAUAAUUUUUUAUUAUCAAUAUAUCAUAAUCAUUUGAUAAUGUGUCUCUGUUAAUUUUUCGAAUUGUUUUUUUUCCAAAGGUCAUUACCCGACCUAGUGUAAUGACGUAAUAUAAAUGCGAUAAGAAUCGCGUGUGCCUCCUUCUAAAGUUUCUUCAUGCGUAUAGAUAUAUUUGCGUAAUUUUACCUAAAGAAACUUAGAAACAUCAUCGUUUGCAUCAAAGUGUUAAAGUGUUGCGCUUAAAUACGCGCUAAGAACUAGAGAAAGGGUUGCUUAUCUUAUUGAGGGAUGAGAGAGACACACCCCGAGAUAGUGAUGAAGCCUCUGUCAGCGCGGUCAAGUGAGAAUGAGUCAUUCCGAUGGUUGCGUUGCAAUCUCGAUGAUGUCAAGAGCACGCCGAACAAGGAUCGCCGAAUAAGGAUCGCGAAAGACUCGUGUUUCGGUUCUUUGAACUCGCGUGUAAAUAUGAGACCACGUUGUGUACGUGUCAGUGCAGACAGUCAAAAGUCGAAAAGUCAUGGGAAAUAAUCUUUUAAAGAGCGGCAACGAUAGUCCCGUGACUGUCCCGAAGACAGCAGAGCAUGAGGUCAAGGUUCGUUUUGCUCGUGAGUUUGCCGAUGUAGGAUCGGUCACGGAGAAUCUCUGCUUAGCUCCGGAGAGUCUUUCGUCGGCCAGUAGUUUCCAUAGCCUGAGCAGCACUCUCAGCACUAAGAGCAGUAGCGGCAUAUGUCCUGAUUCGACAUCCGAAACUCCUGAUAACGCCGCAGAUACGUCAUAUGUGAACUCCGAAAUACCUGGUCUAGAAGAUUUAAUCCUCGCGUGUGCAGACAUCCAUUUGGGAAGUGAACGCGACGCAGACAGUCAGGAUCUCAGUCAAGAUCAGACGUUUACAUCGGCCAUAGACGAGACACCGUUUCCCACAAGCGAUUGUUCCCUUAACGAAGAUUUGUUGGACAAUGCCGAUACGAGUGAAACGCAACAAGUGAUUGAAACAAUUCCCCAAUUACACGAACCAUCAUCCUUGAAUCAAACGCAAAUUUUGGGAUCAUCUAACAACAUACCUCCCGUGCAAGAUUCACAGUUCGUGAUUUCAUAUCCUCCUGCGGAAGAAUACGUACUACAAGUAGAAGAAUCGAUUGAUAAGCAUAUUCAGUUAAUACAGAAAAAUGAUAAUAUAGUAAGUGAGCUUGAAACGUGCGACAUCGUGAGUAAUCCUGUAGAGGAUUCACUGCCAACGAGUAACGUAAAUGAUAAUCAAUUGAAUAUAACGACUGCUAUUUCAUCUACUGAUGCAACUUUUAACGCGAUCGCGUUUACAAUUAGCGAAGAGCAGGCAGUAGAAAACAAUUGUAGCGCCGAAACGUUACCUCUAGAAGAUCCACAAUUGUGUCCUACCGAAAUUUCUGUUCCGUCCAUAUCUUCGUUAGCGCAAUAUGCGAAUCUUUCGUUACCCAAUGUAUCCAGUAUAUCGUUGCCAUUAGAAGAUACUGACAGCAAAACGAAAGAAAGGAGUAUACAGGCUUUAUCGGAGUUUAAGCAAGAUACAGUAUUGUCUGCAGUAUUGUCGCCUUGCGACAAUCUCGAUCAAAAAUCGGGUGAAUUAUCGCAAGAAAUUGUAAAAAGCUCUGUUUUUCAAGUUGAAAAAAAGGAAAUUAUCAAGGAGCAAGAGUUGCCUGAAUUAGAUAACACUAAUCACAUUGUGUCAGAUAAAGAAGAUAACAUACAAUUACUUAAUAAGACCAGUAUUAUAGAACCAAAAACAUCCAAAGUUGAAGAAAACUUGGUGGAACCAAGUGUCGAUAAAAAAGAUUUAAAAGUAGAGAAUAGCACAGUAGUAUUGAAUGAAAUACAUGAAUUAUCUGAAGAAGAAAUUGCCAUAUGUAAUGAGACUUGUGUUAUUGACGAAAAACAAUGUAAUUCAUCAGAAACUGUAAUUGCAGAAAAAGAAAAAGAUAUUGUGGAAAGUACAGCUGUGACAAGGGCUGUUAAAAAAGAAACAUCUGUUGAAGAUCUCGAUCAUACGCUUACUUUACAAGAUAUAAACUUUGCACCAGAUGAAGAACAAUACGAGGAAUUUAAACCUCAACGACAAAGCACUACAUUGUCGUAUUUUGAAGAAUUAAAAUCUACGGUGGAAAAAGUUACUAAUGAAAUACUCAAUCCUUCACUGGAGCUCACAGAAGAUACAGAUCAAUUUGUCAGCGCAACACCUGAAAUUUUCCAAGAUCCUUCGACAUUUGAUUUCUUGUUAGCACGAAGUAAUUCUACGCAUACAAAUCGUCUUAGAGCCGAAUCCUUAUAUAUUAAGUUUGAUCCGUUGGUAUCGAAUACUAGCAUGUUGCCUCAAGGAAAUGCCCAAACGAUAAACGAAGAAAAAAAUGACAAAAAUGAAUCACCACUUCCUGAUGUUGGUACACCAAAACGCAAUCCUGCCAUAGCGGCUAUAGACAGACUGCUUUUUUAUAGCCCUCUUCCUAAUGCGACAGUGCAAAAGUUAGAGGAAGCUCAAGAAAAAAAUGAGCAACCAAUAGAAGAGCCUAAAUCCGACGCACCACUUAUCGAUCAUAUCGACAUGAGUAAAGAACUUGAACUUGUAAGAACGACGGUACUACAAUUGGAGGAAGAAUUAGAAAAACAGAAAAAAGAGCACGAAGCAGAAUUAGAAAGACAGAAAGCAACUUUUCAGGAAAAAAUUAAUAAACUACAGGCACAGAUGUCACAAGAAAUAAAAACCAAAACCCAGAUGACGGUUGUCGUGGAAGAAUACGAAAAGUCGAUUAGCAGAUUGCUCACAGAGCGGGAAAGAGAUCGUACAAGCUUCGAACAAGAUAAGGCAAAAUUGCAAGAGGAACUGCAAGCUGCAAAUCACCAUCUAACUAAUACGGAAGCAGCGUUUAACGAUGUCCACCAAAAAUAUGAAAGACUUAAAGGAGUUGUAUCAGUAUAUAAAAAUAAUGAAACUGUAUUAAAAGAAAGUAUCCAGGAAAAUGUAGACACUAUAAAAACAUUGGAAACACGAUACGAUCAACUCAAGGAACAUGCAAUGGCUCAACUAGAAAAGGCUAAUCUGGAGUUGGAUGGAAUACGAAAGCAGAAUGAGGCGGAAACAGUCAAGUUGCACGCAAUGAUAAGGAAAGCAGAGCUUAAAAGCACUUCACUCGCUGAGCUUGUGGAGCAGAAAACCAAGGAAAAUAAAGAACUCGCGAAAAUCUUAGACGAAGUUAUCGCGAGGGUUGGUCACGGAAACUCGGAAUAAAAAUAAGGUAUCGCGAUUGUGGUGGCGCGAUUAGUCUUUAUUUUUUUACUUGUCCUUCACUGUCUCUUAAAUACAAACAUAUGUUAGAUACGAUCGAUGUAUGUAUACGUGCAUUAACUCGCGUAAAGUUAUUGCGUUUUACUUCAGAAAAGCGCCUUUUAUUAAUUAUUUAUAAGUUGUGAAAUAUAACUAUUUUAAAGCUAAUAAAACUAUGCUUAUAUUAAAAA